GGUCGAUUCUGCUUAUUUGUGAAAAAAUAUUUAAAUUAUAUUUUAUUUAUAAAAUAAAUAAAAAAGUAUAUGAAAAAUAGUUAAAAUAGUCAUCUACAGCAAUUUCAUAUGGUAUUUAAAAUAGUUAAAUAUUUAACAUAUUAAGUCAUCAUGAGUAACUCCAAUUUUACUUAGGUAAGAAACAUGGAAGGGAGGGGUUGAAAUAUGGGUUGAACGUUUCAUAUGGUAUAAAUAAUUACACUUAAAAUUGAGUGGGAGGAAAUGCCACUUACAGUUACAACGUGAGGUCAUGGCAUAGACGGUUACAUACAAUGAAGGGGUUGAACGUUUGGGUUUUAACGGAAGUAACAAAAAAUAUGUGGUAUAAUCAUGGGAGCAUAAUGUAUAUGAGAAUGUUGCUUUGGGCUACACCAAUACAUUUUAUAUACCAAAAAUACCCUAACCAUCAUUGAUGUUUAUAAUAUUUUAGAUUAGAUUAUUCAAUAUAUUUACAUUAUUUAAUAUUUAAUAUUCAUAUUAUUUGUUGAUGUUUAUUGUUGAGGUUUAUUCCUUCAACCUUCGGGUCCAACACGUAAGCCCAAGGAUUUCGAGUGGAGUGUGUGUGAAUAAACUAGCCCAAGCAGAUGAUAUGGAUUAGAGAGAACAAGAACUAGCAAGUAAUUGACUAGGUCUUCCCCCGACCCAGGAACAAAUGAAUCACGAGAAGCUCAUGAAGACAAGGAAAGGCAAGGGUGCUGCCGCCGAUGCCGCUCUCGCCAAGGCCAAGGCGGUUCAGAUGGCCGAUUCCAACUCUUCUGCCUCCCAGGCCGAUUGUCGCACGGUGGAGGCCGAGCAGCAUCUUAUCGCCACGGUGAUGGCGCAGGGGUCUCAGGCCCCGAUCCCAGGUUCUGGCGCCUCCGAUGUUGUGGCCCCCUUGCAGACCGUCCAUCCCCACGACGGGGAAAAGGCGAAGGACAAGAAGUCCAAAAGGCCACGGGGGGCUGGCUCUUCGGCCCCUGAAGUGCAAGAGUUGAUCCUUCCCUCUCUUGGGCGUCCGGCGCAUGACGUUUGGCAGGAGAUUGCUUCCCUGGACGGCGUGGAGGUGCCUCCCCGGACGUCCUCGGAGGCUUCCAAUGCGGCUCUGGCCGCCGCUCUUCAGGUCGGGCUCUCCGUUCUUCAAUCUGAAGCUGCCCGAGAUGCCGAGGUCCUUCAGGCAAAGAACAAAGCGGACGCGGCUUUGAAGAAGGCGAGAGAGGCCGCUCGUCUCCAGGAGAAGGAAAUGGCGGCCAAGGACAAAGAACUGCAGGCUGCCCUGGAGGUGGCUCGCGAGUCCUCCGCAGGGAUCGCAGUUCUGGAGAAGGCCGGGUUCAAGCUCGUCUCGGCCCUCCCUGCUCCCAAGGAUGAGGCCCCUGAGUGGCUCGUCGAUGAUUCCGGGUACCAUAAUUCUGGGGCCUUCAUGAUCGCCGCCCAGAGGUACCUCGGGGGCGCUUUCGGCGAUGUAUUCGCCGCCGAGCUGCAGAAGCGUGCGCCGAAGGAUCGGCUCAAGUUCGGGGUCCAGGUCCUGGAGAGUGCCCCCCUGGCCGAGAAGUUCCUGUAUGAUGUUGGAGAUUCCUCCUUCGUCAUUGGCUAUAAUGAAGGGGUGAAGGCCACACUGCCGGUCUUUGCCGCUCUUCAGGGCCCUGAUUUCAACCUGGCUCAGCACACCACAGACCCUGAGUUGAUCCGGGCGGUGGGCAAGUUGGUGCGGGACGCCCGGCGGGAGGAGGCUAAAGCCAGGGGUGAGGUCCCGGAGCCUCCGACCCCCGAGCCCGAGCUCGAGGAGGAAGAAGAACCCAUUCCCGGGGGGUCCCGGCCGGUUUCCCCAAAUUUUGUUUAGCGUAGCCUGUAAUCUCU